AUGAAUGUGGUGUGUCCGCCCUCAGGUAACACCAAGGAUCUUAGAUCACUGUUUGAUUCUGGGGCGCAAUGCACCUUCAUCACACAAGAGGCAGUGGAAGAGUGUAAACUUGAACGAGACAAUCCUGUCCAACUGAGCAUCAGUGAGUUCUGGGAUACCAAAGAACCUAGAGAAUAUAGUACGGUCACUGUACCUGUCAGGGUAAACGAUGACAGCCUUGUAACUUUAAAGGCUAUUGUCGUACCUAAACUACCUCAGAGCGCUAGGCCUCGUGGACUAUGUAAGAUAGUGUCUGAACUGAAGAGCCAGAAUGUCACCCUAGCUGAUCCUAACUUGUCAAGUAGUCAGGUUGACCAGGUGAAACUGCUUGUUGGCAUAGAUCACUACGUUGACUUAAUCCAUUCUUCACAAGCAAACAGAGUGAACCUGAUUGAGUCCUCCUUAGGAUAUCUGGUCGCUGGUAAACUGCCUAGUAAUGACACCCCUAUCAGUACUCAUUCUGUAACUGUAAUGAGACUGGCAGUUGAUGAACCCUCCGAAGCUGCUCUAGAGACACCACUUGAGAUGUCUGAUAGCAAAUUUGCUGAAGACCCCAUCCAACAGCUUUGGACCCUAGAAUCAGUCGGAAUUGUUGAUCAAGAUAUGUCACUUGAGGAUAAAUUUGUACUGGAAGAAUUCAAGAAUUCCAUCAAUAUGGUUGAAGGACGAUAUGAAGUAUCUCUCCCCUGGAAAGUCGAUAAGAAACAACUUCCUACUAACUUAGCACUCUCGAGGAAAAGACUGAACAGUACUAUCCAGAUGCUGAAACAAACUAAUAAGUAUCUGGAAGUUUAUGACCAGAUCAUCAAAGAACAACUGUCUCUCGGCUUCAUUGAAACAGUGCCAGAAGAAGACCACAAGUUGACAAAUGUCCAUUAUUUACCCCAUUUACCUGUGAUUAAGGAUUCAACUACGACGCCCAUUCGUAUUGUGUUUGAUGCAAGUGCCCGGAUGGACAAGCAGGCCCCUAGUCUGAAUGAUUGCUUAUACUCUGGCCCAUCCUUGACUAGUCAUCUAAACGACUUGUUGUUGAAAUUCCGUCUCGACCCAUUUGCGGUAUCGGCAGACAUCAGCAAAGCCUUCUUACGGGUAGGUCUCCAACCUAGAGAUCGUGAUUAUACACAUUUCAUCUGGCUAAAAGAUCUUAACAAUGAAAAGGCCCUUCAAGCCUAUAGGUUUAGAUUAGUUCUCUUUGGAGCCACCUGCUCGCCUUUUCUACUCCAGUCAACCUUGCAACAUCACUUUGAAACCUACCCCACUUCACCUGAAGUUAGUUUCCUCAUGACCAAAUUUUAUGUGGACAACUUAAUUGGUUCCUUACCUACAACAGUCAGCCUCUAG